CAGACUGACGGGUUUAGUCGAACGCUGUUCUCCUGGUGCAUGAAAGUUCCUCUUGAAACAAGUCGUCUGACCUGAUAAGAAUAUGAACAGGAAUUCGAAGUGUAGGAAAACAUCACACCUCAAUAUAUCAGUCAGCCCUGCCUUGUCUGCAGAACUAAUCGGGUGUUUGGCAACCCUGGGGUCAAAGUGUCCCUCGGUGGAAAGUACAACGGCAGGUGAAUGAGUCAUCCUAUAUCCAUGUUUUUAUCUGCGUUGGGCGGGCGGCAGACAUGUCCGGAGGUCUUUAUAAAGCCUCCUCCGCCUCAGAGAGACAGUCAGUAACACAGGAUCAGGUCUGACGAACACAGCUCCACUGCAGUGUGAACAAGAUGCUGAGGAUUGCACUACUAUGCUUGGCCCUUUCUGGCCUGCGUGCGGCCCCCCUGGCACCCAGAGUCAGCCAUGUGGAGGGUCUGGCGGGGGAGUUCAGGCACAGCGCGGACCCCUCGCCCAGGCUGCUCCCCGAUGACUACCGCCAGGGCAUCGAGCCCGCGAGGCACUACGUGGUGGACCUCAACACCGGCCGCGUGCUGGAGCACGUCAGCGAGAUGGAGCGCAGGGUGAAUCCCGUCGCCGCCCGUCCUGAUGUGGCGGAGGUUUCCGCGGAGAUUGAGACGCAUUGGUUAGAUGAAGUUGAAAUCCCGGUCCAGAGGAGUGGCGCUGGUUGGGUCCGAGUGGAGGAGCAUUUUGAAGACAAACUCCCCCAGGGUUUCAGACAGGGAACCGAACCCAUGGCCUCCAUUCCUGAUGGCUUUAGACAGGGAACCGAACCCACGUUCUCCAUGCCUGAAGGUUUUAGACAGGGAACCGAACCUAUGAUGUCCAUUCUUGAUGGUUUUAGACAGGGAACCAAAUCGAUUCCCUCCAUUCCUGAUGGCUUUAGACAGGGAACCGAACCCAUGGCCUCUAUUCCUGAUGGUUUCAGACAGGGGACCGAACCCACGUUCUCUAUGCCUGAGGGUUUUAGACAGGGAACCGAACCUAUGAUGUCCAUUCCUGAUGGUUUUAGACAGGGAACCGAACCUAUGAUGUCCAUUCCUGAGGGUUUUAGACAGGGAACCGAACCGAGGAUGUCCAUUCCUGAAGGUUUUAGACAGGGAACCGAACCUAUGUUGUCCAUUCCUGAUGGUUAUAGACAGGGAACCAAAUCGAUCUCCUCCAUUCCUGACGGCUUUAGACAGGGAACCGAACCCAUGGCCUCUAUUCCUGAUGGUUUCAGACAGGGGACCGAACCCACGUUCUCCAUGCCUGAAGGUUUCAGACAGGGAACCGAACCUAUGAUGUCCAUUCCUGAGGGUUUUAGACAGGGAACCGAACCGAGGAUGUCCAUUCCUGAUGGUUUUAGACAGGGAACCAAAUCGAUCUCCUCCAUUCCUGACGGCUUUAGACAGGGAACCGAACCCAUGGCCUCUAUUCCUGAUGGUUAUAGACAGGGGACCGAACCCACGUUCUCCAUGCCUGAAGGUUUCAGACAGGGAACCGAACCUAUGAUGUCCAUUCCUGAUGGUUUCAGACAGGGAACCGAACCCAUGAUGUCCUUCCCAGAAGGUUUUAGACAGGGAACCGAACACUCCUCCAUGGCGCUUGGCAGACAUACGCCAGAGUGCAAAGGGAAAAUCAUCAUGGGACGCUGCUAUCAGUUCAACCCCACACCGCUGUCCUUCAAGGACGCGCAGUCCACGUGCAGAGACCUCGCACCAAACUCAGACUUGGCCUCCAUAACUGAUGGGAGUCUGCAUUCUGGUCUGGUUUCCAUGGUGACCGGCAAGGACGGCAAGGACAGCCCCGUUUUGACCUGGCUGGGAGGCGUGGUCAAGAACCAGCGAGCCCAGUGGCUGGACGGAUCAGAGAUGGUGUACAGCGACUGGAUGAAAGGUCACCCCAACGUCCACAGCGCUAAGCCCGUCUGCCUGGAGAUGUUCCGCAUGGACGAGAGUUGGUGGUCGACGGUGGACUGCGAGCUCCUGAGGGCGUCCAUCUGCUCCUACCCAGUGGCGGCCUGAUGUCUACGCCCUCCAUGUUGACCUGGUGCUGGUGAUGAAGGACAUAGCACGGGACAUGCUAGUGAUAGCACUUGAUAUAGCACGCAAGGAUUCGAUCCAUUGCGCUGCUUCACUUGAAUUAUACUAAAUAAAGUUGAAUCGAAAGCAA